UAUAGCUAUAAAGCCCAUUAUAGAAACCCCACACUAUGAUAUUUUUUUUCUUUUUCCUUUUUGACUCUACUUGUCCGAGACCUCUAUAACCUUCCCAAAUCCCAACCCCUCUGUACUCACCAUCCUUAUCACAAACCCUAAAGACUCAUCUUUCUUCUUCUUCAUCAUCUUUGUUUUUCCUUCUGUUAAUAAUCACUAUGAACAUUGACGACAAAGUCACCUCCAUGGACUUGGUUCAACCCUCUGAGCAUCUUUGCUAUGUCCGGUGCAACUUCUGCAACACUGUUCUUGCGGUAGGGCUUCCAUGCAAGCGUUUGUUGGACACAGUGACUGUGAAGUGCGGUCAUUGCAGCAACCUCUCCUUUCUUAGCACCAGACCUCCUGUCCAAGGCCAAUGCCUUGAUCAUCCUUUGAGUCUUCAGGGAUAUAAUUGCAAUGAUUUUAGGAAAGGUGGUCAAUCUUCUUCAUCAUCCUCCUCAACAUCUAGCGAGCCUUUGUCCCCAAAAGCACCCUUUGUUGUAAAACCACCUGAGAAGAAACACAGACUACCUUCUGCAUAUAAUCGAUUCAUGAAAGAGGAGAUACAGCGCAUCAAAGCAGCCAAUCCUGAGAUUCCCCACAGAGAUGCAUUUAGCGCUGCAGCAAAAAAUUGGGCUAGGUACAUUCCAAAUUCAUCAGCUGGGUCUGUUUCCGGGAGCAACAACAAUUGUGCUUGAUCAGAUUUUGCAGGAAUGAAGUAAUCAAAGAAUAAAAUGUUAUGUGGUUUGACGAUAAAUCAGAUACAUGAUGAGCAAAUGGGCAAGUAAAUUAGGUCUACCUACGCUAAUUAUGAAACUUUCUCUUAUCUCUUAUCUCUCUCUUCUAUAUAUAUAUAUAUAUAUAUAUAUUCCUCACUUAGGCAUGCAAAACUAAGAUUUGGUAUUUAUAUGUAAGUUUCAGUAUUUGCUAAUUUUGUACCUAAUUUGGGUUGCUCUGAGUAAUAUCUUUUAUUAA